AUGAAGUUAAAUCAGGCGAGAUAUUUGAGUCAUUAACCUAGUCAGAAUCAGCCGAAUUCCACCCAGUAAAUUCAAAGUAAUUCUCGAAAAUCCCUGCCGAAUCAAUAGCCCAUCAAUCAAGUUUCUGAGGAAGAAGAUGCCUUUAAGGUAUACGUUCAUGUGUAUGAUGAGGAAUAGCAAUAUGACUACUCUGGGAAAAGAGACAAGGCUUAUUAUUUCGACGAUGCUUUCUCAGAAUAAUAUUCUAAUAUGGAUGUUUACAGCAAAACAAUUGAACCUUUAAUUCCUAACAUUCUAGACGGCUUCAACGUAACUUGCUUUGCUUAUGGAAUGACUGGAGCUGGUAAAACUCAUACUAUGAUUGGUAACAAUCUUUUGGAUGCAGCAGAAUUUCCGAAUUAUCAUGAAUAAGGCUUGUGCUUCCAAGCUAUCUAAGGAGUUUUUAUGGGAAUGUAGGAAAGGCAAAGCCAAUAUUUAUAUGAAAUGAAAGUGAGCUAUUUAGAAAUUUACAAUGAAUAAGUGCGUGACUUACUUUCAGAUAAGCAAAGCAAUCUUAUGAUUGUAGAAGAUCCAGUAAAGGGAGUUAUUGUUCCUGAUAUAAAUGAGUUUGGAGUUUGUUCUCCUGAGGAACUUGCAUCACUAAUAUAUGUCGGUAACUAAAGAAGAACAAUGGCUCCUACACUUGCAAAUCUUGUCUCAUCUCGAUCACAUGCUAUUCUUAUAUUUUCUGUUGAGGCGAAAGAUAGAUCAAGAAGUAUGAAAGAAGGAAUAUCAUAUUCUAAAUUAUAAAUGAUUGAUUUAGCAGGUAGUGAGAGAGCUGCUGCGACUGAGAACAAGGGAUAAAGAAUGGUAGAAGGUGCUAAUAUCAAUAGGAGUUUACUUGCUCUGGGUAAUUGCAUCAAUAUUCUUUCAGAUAAAGGCAAAGCUGGUAGCUUCGUUCCUUACAGAGAUUCAAAGCUGACAAGAUUACUUAAGGAUUCAUUAGGUGGAAAUACAAAGACUAUUAUGAUUGCAUGCAUCAGUCCAUCCUAUUUGGCUUUUGAAGAGACAGUAAACACUCUAAAAUAUGCAAGUCGAGCAAGAAAUAUUAAAAGAAAAACCACUAAAAAUGUUAAAGAAGUUGAGCUGCAUGUAAGCAGAUAUAAAGAAGUAAUUGAUUCACUAAGGACUGAAAUUGAAAGCUUAAGAGGAUAGUUGAAAAGUUAGCAGAAUGUUCAUGCUAGCGUCAGUCCUAUAAGAAGUCCAUUCUAACCUCCUCUUCAUAGUAAAUUAUCAGAACAAAAAAGAGAACAAACCAGCAGUAAUCAUAAAACUAGAAAGUCUUCUUAUAUUAGGCCAAGUGCAGCUAAAAUAAAUAACUAAAAGAAUACCCAUGGGCAUACAACUCCGGUAAGGCUUAGCAAUUCUACAAAGAAAUAGCCUUUAAUAUCACAAAGAUAACUAAAUUAUAACCAGAAUGUGAAGGAAUCAUUGCUAGAUCAAUCAUCAAGUAAUGCAGAUUAGCAAAAUACUUUUGUAGAAAUCGAAGAAGAAAUUAACAAAAUGCAAAGUGAGAAAUUAAAGUUGUAGUCUGAAAUAUUGUCAGACUCCAAAAGUCAGAACUUUAAUUAAUCACAAAAAAUUAAAAGCAAAGAGGAACUUGAGGAGGAAAAAUAUAUCGAGAAACUAUCGCAAAAUCUAAUUUCAAAUUUUGAAGAGCACUGGGAGUUAAAGCAAUCAAUAGCAGAGCUUGAGGAUUUGCAAAUAAAGAAUAAAGAUCAACUCACUCAACUAAGGACUGAAAUAUUAGAACUAUAGAAGCAAUAUGCUUUAUAGUAAAGCAACUCUUAACUAGAAUAGCAGAUAACUAAAGUUAUAUCAUUGAAAAAUAAUGAAAUUAAGAUAAUAGAGAAGAAUCACCAAAAUAAUAUAAAGAUUCUCAAUGAAAUGAAAGUAGCGCUUGAUAUAAAUCUUGAACAAAAGGCAAAGCUUUAGAGCAUGCUUCUUAAAAUGCAUAGCUCCAAGAGACAGACUCUUCUGGAAAAUCAGAUUGAGAUGAGAAAUUUAAAGCUAGAGAAAACUGACUUAUACUUAUAAAAUCUUUAGAUGAAAAAGCUCAAUCAACUUUAGCAACAGGAAAAAUAUCAAACUGACCAGAAACUUAUAGAAAUGUAAAAAAUGAUAUAAGAGAUGCAGUAAUAGUUAUAAUAAAAAGAUCAAAUCAUUUAAGAAUCAUAGAUUUAACUCAAAAAGAAGGAAAAGGAAAUUCUUCUCAUUAAGGGUACUGAUUAGAUAGUCUAGAUUGAUUAGAACUUUUAAAGUACUUAAAUAUAGUAGUUACAAGAAUAGCCUCUCAUUUAAGUUAAUCCAAUUGCAAAGUAUUACCCUAAUCACAGUAGCAGCAGUGUCAAUUAAUAGUAUCUGACUCAUCACAGCACAGUAAAAUUAGACUUUUAAAGUACCGCAAAGGAUCAAAUCUCUUUGAGAUACAAAGAAAAUAUAAAAGCAAGUGCUCCCAACUCUGCAAGGCUAGAUGGGGCGAUUCCUCCUAAGGAAAUUAAUAAGAAGCUGGUUUUGAGUGGAUUCUUCGAGGAUGAUUUUUAAGGAGAAUUGGUAGAAGAGGAAAAUCAAGAAAUUAAGGUUGAAGAUACUAAGGACGAUCUUACUCCUGUAUACGAUGGAUUUAAUGCUGUACCCCAUUCCACAUUUGAAGAUAAAAGAUAAUCUUACACUCUUCCUAAUCCAUCAGCAUUAAAAACUAAUAAAAAAGGAUGCACCCCAAACAAUAGAUAUAAUGCUCUACAGGAAUAUGGAAAUAACGAGAAUGUUGGCUCUUUAACUUCCUCUGUUUAGAUUGAAUUUAAUCUAGACGAAAAUAAUUCUUUAGAAAGAGAUAGCAAUACACUUGUUAUAAGACCUUAGAACUCUCAUAGAGAAACUCCAGUAGCCUAAGUUAAUCUUUAUAACAUUGAUAAUCAGCAAACUGAAAAAAUACAUCUGUAUCAGCCAAAGAUACAGACAAGCAAUUAGAGAUAUCAGAAUCAUUAGCCAGACCUUUAAAAUGCUUCUAGAAAUAAUAUAAGUCAGUAUGAAAGUAGAAGAGACACAGGCUAAUCCAACAACAAAAAGUCUUCAUAAAAGCGAUCUCAAAAACUCAAUAGAUAUCUCAGCUUUCAUAGAAAAGACGAUGAUAAAAAUGAUAAAACAUAGAAUCCAAUUUCUUAUGAGUAAUUAGACCAGAAUAUUGAUCUUAGAGCUAGACAUUCCAAGGAAAGUGAGAAAGAAAAUAAUCAUCCAUCAAAUAAUAAUAAUAUUAUCAACAACAAUAAAAAUACUAAUCACAUCGAUAUAUACAACACCAUAAGUAAUGAAGCUAGAAAUCAGACCAAAACCAUAUCACCCCCACAACAAUAAAUCAAUCAUACGAUUGAUUUGAGAUAGAUAGAUUAGAAUCAAGAAUUACAAAUAACGAAUAACAAGUUUGAAUAAAGAAAAUAUUCGUAGCCUAUCAUAUCGCAGUAGAAGUAGUCCUCGCAAUAAAUCCAUAAGACUCCCCAAAAUAAUAAUGCUAGAAGACCACCAAGUCCAGGUUUAUCAAAUAUAAGUUAACUGUCAGGGAUGGUUGGCAUAUAAAGCUAUGCUUAAAUUCGAAAGUAAUCUAAAGAGCGUCAGCAAUAAAUGAACUCAUAGUCUACUCCUUAAUAGUAAUAACAGCCCUAUUCGUAGACCCAACGAAAGCCAAGCAAUACAAAUAGCUAAGGAAGCGAAAAUCGUAAAAGUGGGAAUCACAAGAUUGACCUGUAGAAUCAUAACCAGACUAAGUAGAAGGCUUCAGCAACAGCUACUAUUAGUAGAUAUGGUCCAAUUAAACCAACUCAUUAGCAAAGUGCGACUCAAAUAAACAUGAAUGUUAACUCAGGUAGCUUUGUGUAACAAAUCUCAACAACAGUUACUGAAACUACAUAAGGAUUCGGUAUUGGUUAAACUUAUUUUGAGAAUUUUAUAAAGAAGAAAAAUAGCUUUGUAAAUUUCAACACAUAAAAUACGAGCACCUCAAAUCUGACUGGAUCUUAGAGGAACUAGAAUAAUAACUUGAACGGAUUUGGUGUUGCAAAUAAUUCAGGCAAUGGAGGCACAGGGAGUGGGCUAACUGCUGUCAAAAUAUUCAAUAACACCCCUUCUCCCUUGAUUCAAUCAUAAUCAAACAUUCAAAACUAAUAACCUUAAGCUAAUACUAUUUUGAAUAGUUAUACUAACAACUAAAAACUAGUUCCCUCUACUAUAAAGAACUAACAAAUCGAGUAGACAUAGCAAUUAUAGUAAUAGUAAUAGCUGCUUAAGAAAACUUCAAAAUCCAAUUCCAUAAAUAUUUAGAGUCUUGAUGAGCUGAUUGUAAGUAAUCAAGCGAGCAACUACGGAAGCCUCAAUCCUACAUCAGCUGCUGCCAAACUCAACAAAGGUGUAGACGAUCUCAUUUCUAAAUAGAAAGCUUAGCUAACCAAGGAUAAGGAGAAGCUAUAGAAGAAUUAGACAAUUUUUACAAAUAGCUUUGCUUCAACUUUAAACGGUAUUAAUUAGUAAAUACCCUAAACUGAAAGAAAUUAUGAUACAUCAAAGGGCAUGGGAAAUUUGUCUGGUAGAGGAGGACAGCCCUUGGCUUAAUAAACUGUUUCAUAGAGAAACAGGUAUUAAGAUUCAACAAACGAUGAUGAUAUUGACGAAAGAGGAUUAGAGAGUCCAGCCAAGAGGAUAUAUAUGAUGUCGUAAUCCUCAGAGAAUGGUCUAUAAUUAUUGCCUAAUUGA